UUUGAAAACUGUUGUGUUAAUUCAAGAUAUCGAGAUGUUUUAAAUACAAUCCAGCAUAAUAAACACGCAAUGGAGCCAAAAGAGCCUAUGAUUUCAUAUAAAUAUUUUCAAGGACAUCAGUGUCACUUGUCUUCAGAUAAGCUUUCCUGUUACAGCUCAAAACAUGGACGUUUUCGAAAAUUCCUACUCGAUGCUAUUACCGUAAAUCCUGAUGAUGUUAGAGCUCAGUUAAUUUUCAGGUCAUAUGCAGCGUUUAAUGCUGAGAAACAUCGCCAGUACACGUGUAAUCCCGCAUCAAUACAUCCGUACAGUAAACUUCGAAUUUGGCUGGAAACUGGAUUUGUAUUGUCCAUGUUGGCUUCCAAUACAUUGGUCGCAGUGCAUUAUAGUAAAUUUGAUCCCGAUGAAAAGGAUUAUCAGCAUUAUAUGUUGUACAGUCUUGAUUUUUUGUACUUUCUGAACAUUUUCGCUAAUUUCUUCACGGGAUACAUAGAAGGCCACACUCAGAAGUACGUAGUAUUGGAUUUGAAAAUGAUAGCCUUCAAAUACGCAAGAAGUUGGAUGUGCAUCGAUUUGUUUUCGUCGUCUUAUUUCUUUCCUGGACUCGUUGAAAGAGAUCACAAAAUUCACGAUGUCAUCAUGGAAUCAUUGAAGAUUUUAAGACUGCCAGUACUCUUGGUCUAUACGAACAACGUCAUGACAGUUUUGAGAGCUGGGAUUUUUAAGAAAACAAUCGUUGAAAUCUUAAUUUUGAUGUGGUCAUUUUUGACAUGGAACAUAUACUUUCAAUUUGCAAACGAAUACCUGAUCGAAGGAACAUUCGGGCCGACAAAUCCAAGGAACUGUUCGUGGAUGACCGUGGGGAACCUGUGGAAUGCAACAUCAGAAAUACGCUUUACUUUCGCACUGAACAGAGCUGUUGGUAUGCUGAGAACAAAUUCUAAUUUGCACAUUAUUGAACAAAUUGACCUCUGCUCUCAGUCUUUUUACAUUGUGUCGUGGCUUAUUGCGAAGUUGUUAAUAUACCAUAGCUGUUUAAAGUACAUAGUUUCACUAUUCGGAUCGGAGUCGGCGAGCGCUAGAUACUACAUAAUGACAAAACAGGUGGUUAAUUACAUGAACCAAAGGAAAUUCCCGCCGAGAAUUAAAAAGAAGAUAAUUAAGUUCUACAAUAUUCGAUUUCAAUCAAACUUUCUGAUGGAAUCACGAAUGAUAGAUUGCGUUUCGGGUCAGCUUCGCGAAGACAUAAUUAUGCACACCGGACGACAAUUGGUGAGGGAGGUCGAGUUCCUAAAACAGUUGCCCAGACCUUUGUUGGUGCAAAUAGGUUUUAAGUUGCAUGUCGUGAUAUUUAUCGCUGGAGAUAUUAUUUUCAAGAUAAACUCUGUUGGCGAUUGUGUUUAUUUCAUCGACAAGGGUACAGUGGCUAUAUACUCAGAAUCCGGUAAAGAGGUAUGUCAUUUGGAAGAUGGAGACUUCUUUGGGGCCAUCUCUUUGAUAUUGCGUCGUUUCCGAUUGACUACGGCCGUUGCGGUCACAAACUGCGAACUGUUCAGAUUGAGCAAAGAAGACUUCUAUAGUACGAUGGCCUGCUAUCCCACCGUUUAUGAGAGUAUUAAGAAACGUGCCAUAAAUAGGUACGAAGAGACAUGCGUGCUCGACGAACACCACAAGUCUGAGAUGAGGAUGAAUGAGAAUUGACUUUCCUCAAGCUCGUAAUUGUCGCUGUCAAAUUUUAGCCCUUUUGAACGCAAACCGUCGAUAGAUCGACUCUCUAUAAGUGCUUAUAAAGUGCGGAGCGUUGGAAUACGGACUAUUGUGCAAUUUGAUUGUAGGUAUUAGAUAUCACAACCUAUACGGACGUUUCUUAGCGCGUGCAUAUAUAACCCUUUUUAAUAAAUUAAUAACAUUUAUAAAUAACAAUUUAAAAUUAUUUUGUCGUAAAUUUAGAUUUUGAUUUGUCGUAUUUAUUCGUAUUCCGUAUUUGAAGUUGUCGUGGCCUAAGAGAUAAGACGUCCGGUGCGUUCGUGUUGAGCGAUGCACCUGUGUUCGAAUCUCAGGCGGCUACAAAAUUUUCUAAUGAAUUACGUACUCAACAAAUGUUCACGAUUGACUUCAACGGUGAAGGAAUAACAUCGUGUAAUAAAAGUGAAACCCGCAAAAUUAUAAUUUGCGUAAUUACUGGUGGUAGGACGUCUUGUGAGUCCGCGCGGGUAGGUACCACCGCCCUGCCUAUUUCUGCCGUGAAGCAGUAAUGCGUUUCGGUUUGAAGGGUGGGGCAGCCGUUGUAACUAUGCUGAGAUCUUAGAACUUAUAUCUCAAGGUGGGUGGCGCAUUUACGGUGUAGAUGUCCAGUAACCGCGUAACACCAGGUGGGCUGUGAGCUCGUCCACCCUCCUAAGCAAUAAAAAAAAUAAUUAGAAUCAUAAAAUCAAUAGUAGCAGUAUAAUUUUACUUCAACAUUAUUUUAAUGUAUACAAUUAAACGUUAUCUUUUGAGUAGGUAGGCAUUAUAUCGAAAAUAAAACGCAAUUGUGAAAAUAUCUUUUUAUUUAUUUUAAAACCAGCCACCGUACAAGCGGAAUAUUGUUUGAAAAAAUAGAAAUACUGAUCGUGAUUUGACUUUUUUUCUUUUAACAAUACAUCGAUUUUUGCCUUCGAUCUGUUAUAUUUUUAACUUUUUAAUAAAAUAUUUUGUUCGUUCAUGUCAUACGUACGUUUCGAUAUUUAAAAAAAAAACAAUAACUUUUCAUUUCAUCUUAAAAUAUUGUCACACAUUGAAAUGAUUUAUCAUUUGGCAACAUUACAGUUGUAUUUGUAUUAUUAGUUGCAGAUACGAUUUAAAAAAACUGAUCCAAAUCUAAUGCAUUAUCAUACCGUGAAAUUGACUAGGUAACAUGUCAACUUAUGUUAGUACACCGUUACUGUUCUAUACUGUUUCAUCAACAUUUAUUUUAUAUGGUUAUUGAGAAUCAAAGAAAAUACACUAAAUCAAUGAACACAAGAUAUAAAUAUGACGCCAUUACAUUAUAUUGUUUGAUAAAAGCUUACGGUACUUCCCACAUUCCAAGCUUCUUUCAUCACAGCGACGAAAAAUUUAAGUAUAUGGAUUUGAAUAGAAUAAACUAUUGGUAUAACCAGUCUUAUCGAUAUGGUUUUACAGGUUUGACAUGACGGUCUUAAAAAAAAAACAAGUUGCAUAAUCUGUGAAUCAAUGUCACUUUUCGUAUGAUUGUCUACAUAUCCGCCAUUAUUCGGGUGUCAUUCCAAAAAUAUAUAUAUAUCACAUCAAUGUGUGACGUGAACAUGUAUGUAAUUGUAAAUAUAAAUCUGUAGAAAUAUAAUUAUUUAUUUCGCAUUUUUCAUAAGAAUUUUUGUCGAGGUUACAAGGGAAUCGAGAUUGCACUUAUUUAUUAUGCUUCUUAAAAUUUUUGUACCAAGUUGAGUUUUUUUCUUUUUCUAAUUGAUAUAAGGCCUUGGUCUUUUCUUCUUUAAGGCCUUCUCAAGCGUUGUCUCAAACGUACAACGGUAGCAUUUAAGGCUUUUUUUAUUACUAUUAUAUUAUUUAGAAUUAUCCAAUUCUGUAAAAAGACCUUUCGAUGUCAUCAUCGCCGUAUUGAUUUGAUUUUUAUUAAAUUAAUAUUGAUUCUUAUUAAAGCAACAAUCAUGUUUGGUAA